CCCGCCAGGCCCGGCCCUGCCCCGCGGGCCCCGCGCAGGCGCAGCGCUGGGCCGGGAUGGCGGCGGCGGCGGCGGUGCCGGGCCCGGGGCCGGGCUCGGGUUCGGGGCCCGCGGAGGCGGCGGCGGGGCCCGGCGGGGAGGAGGCGGCGGGCGCGGGGCCGCAGUGCCCGGGGCCGGCCCGCCUGGCGCGGCUGCCGCUGGCGCGGGUGAAGGCGCUGGUGAAGGCGGACCCGGACGUCACCCUGGCCAGCCAGGAGGCCGUGUUCGUGCUGGCGCGGGCCACGGAGCUGUUUGUUGAAACCAUAGCCAAAGAUGCUUAUGUGUACGCCCAGCAAGGAAAAAGGAAAACUCUGCAGAGAAAAGACCUUGAUAAUGCCAUUGAAGCUAUCGACGAAUUUGCUUUUUUGGAAGGUACUUUGGACUGAGCUGAACAGAGAUUGAGCUCUCAGGAGAAGGAGACUGCAGAUGUGGUGUGAGAUGGAAAACAGGAUGUUGAGAGUUCAAAAAUGAUUCCUGGAAUUGAAACACUGAAAUGGCAACCAUGAUAUUUUGUAUAAAGUUGAAGUUAUUAUUGUAAGCUCUUUAUUUAAAAUGCAUAUUUUUCCAUAACUAUUUUGUAUGUCACUUCCCCCUGCCCUGCAGCUGCUCUCUGUUCUGGCCAGGUUACACAGCAGCUACUCCAGGUAGCACUCUGGCCUCUCUGGGUACUCUGCAGCACCACAGAGCUGUGAACAGAGAGUGGCUCAGCUCAGGUGCCCAGGCACAGGGAAUUUUUUUCAAGGGAAAUGUGGGUUUUGUUAUAUAUGUUUGUCUCUUAACACAAUUAAAUUUUUAUUUUUUUUGUUGUUGUUG